CACUGCACUAGCAGUGACCUUGGGCAUUUGUGGUACUUAUGAAUAUUUUAGGAAGAUGCUUAAUCAAUAGAAUGAAUUAUUUUGUCUAUACUAUUUACAUUCAAUAAUACUUCAUAUAGGCUUAUUUCUAUACACUUUACAAUGGAACGAGAUACUAUCUUGGAGAACUUCUUAGCUUGUACAGGAGUGACAGAUAUCACUUAUGGUAUAUCAGUGCUGGAAGAACAUGACUGGGACCUAUCUGCAGCUGUUUUCAGCGUUAUUGGUGAUGGUCUCUCAGGUACAUUUGAUCAGGAGGAUCAAUCCUUCCCAUGCACUACAUCUUAUUCUGUAACACCUGGACAAACUGGACCUAUUCCAACUUCAAAUUUGUCAGUAAAUCAUAAUUCAAACAGUCAAAAUAAUAUAUCUGUAUCUACAAUGUGUGGUUUCGAUAGCACUAUUCCUGACGAUAAUAAUAAUAAUAACAGUAAUUAUAAUCUAUCCUCAACACUAUCAAGAUCAGUUAUUGAACGUGAUAAUAAUCCAGAUAAUCUAUGCGGAUCAGUACGUAUUUUAAAUUUUGAAAUAGAAUUAGAACUACCAUUGGAUGAUGAUGAUAAUGAUAAUGAUGAAACAGAUUAUCAAGUGAAAAAAGUUACUGAAACCUUUCAAUUCCCCGAUACAGAAACAGUUGGUUUUUUAAAAUGUCAUUUUAUUGAUUGUCGGUUAACUGAACUCAUUCAACUGGCGACGAGUCCAGCAUUAGAAUCAAAGAUAACUGAAUGUAGUAAAGCUAAUUUAAUGAAGCAUUUAGUUUUUGAAAGUUCAGGAUCACAUUCAUUUAUGGAUAAUUCAGCACUUUUACGUUCAUUGCAUCUACCGAAAUGUGUUAGACUUCAGGCGAAACUUAGUCCUGACCCAUUACCGGAUUCAAGUACCUCCGUGGGGAGUAAACUCAGUGAACCAGUGAAACUUUAUAUCAGUGUAUAUGAAGAUGCAACCAGAGAUAGCGGUAGUAGCAGUAGCAGAACAACUCAUGACACUGAUGAGAUUAAUGCAGAUACCAUCCUCCCGUCGUCAUCAUCAUCAGCAGCAGCAUCAGCAACAGGUGGAAAUCGUCGUCAACAACGUCAACGCAAUGCUGCUAGAUCCUCUUCACCUUAUGCCUAUCAUUGUAUGCGUCUCCCGUUAAGUUCACGUAUAUCACAGGUACGUGGUAAUCUAUUUCGUAUUACCGGUAUCCCAAUACCAUGUCAAACAUGGUGUAUCAGUGAUAAACAAUCACACAGUCAUCAUCAUCAACAACGUCUAGUCAAUGAACAAAUGCCAUCCAGGGAUAUUUUAAAUUUACUAGUCAAUGAACUGAAUUAUCAUCAACGACAAAAACGUAAAUCUACCUCUUCAGGUGUACCAGACUGUUCUUCAGUGAUCACGUCUACAACAACAACAACAACAACUGCAGAUACUGGAAAAAAGCCUGAGAAUCCAACUUUAGCUGACCUCGGCUUGAAAGCAGGCGAUGUUUGUGAAUUAUGCUUAUUCACUUCACAUUCAAUUGGCAAUACAAAAGAUCGAAGCAGAACAACAGGUAUUUUACAAAAUGAUGAUAAUGUUGUUGAUGAUGAUGUCGUCCUCCAGUGUAAACCGCCAUCAACAGCUAGACAACCUCAGCAACAACAACAACAAAGGAAAUCGCCAUCAUCAUCAUCAAGAACUGCAACAGCAGCAGCAACAACAACACAACAUCCUCUUGAUAGUAUUUUUAUGCCGCCUAGUUCUAAUCUACCUAGUCCUAUACAACCGGAAGUAUUAUCCAGUGCGAAUAAAUCUAGUCGAAAGGUGGUGUCGUCGUCAGCACCUAAGAAACAAAGUGGUACAAUUGAUGGCGGUAAUAUAUCCCCAGAGAUUGGUUCUGAUUAUGAAGAUGAUUAUGAUAUGGAUUAUCAUUAUUCAAGUGAUGAAAUGCUUGAUCAAACAGAAGAGAAUAAAAUUACCCCAUGGAAUAUGCCAUUAAUUCCUGAUAGCCCAAGUAGUGAAGAUCCAGAAAUGGCUACACAACAGUUUUGUAUUGUCUUUUUACAACGUUAUUGUAGUGAUGGUGUUACAAUGGCACCACCAUUCUCUACAUGUAGUUUUGAUACUGCCUUAUCUCUAUCUGUUGGUACUAGUCAAGUUUGUGAUCGUAAACCAUUAUUUAUCUAUUUACACAAUGAUAAUAGUGUUGCAUGUCAUGUAUUCUGUCAACAAGUAUUAUGCUCAAAUGGGCUGAUCAGAUUUUUAACUGAUCAUGAAUUCAGUUUAUGGCCAUGGGAUAUGACAAGAGCAAGAGCAAAAGAACGCCUGCUUGGUUGGCUUGAAGUGAAAUUACCAAAUCUAUCACGAAUUAUAACACCAUUACCGGUGGAUAGUUAUCCUCUUCUAGCUAUGAUUGUCAAAUUAUCUGGUCAACUGGAAGUAUUGUGCAUUGUAAUGGGUACAGGAAUUGUAAAAAUGUGGCCAUUAGAUCCAUUUCCCCCAUUGGGUGCACAUAAUCCUUUGACAUUAUCAAUGAAUCGUUUUACUGAACAGCGACAAGUCCAUGAUAGUGAGGCUUCAACUGCAAAUGCAACUGCAACACCAACGGCAAUAGGCAGUUUAAAAGCUGAUGUAAUUGUUGCUGAGCUAUGGCAAGCUUAUACAAAUUAUCUUGAAGUCUUAGAACCAGAAUGUGCUACAGAAAGAGAAUUAAUCGCUCGUCGACGUGUUCUGGAGGAACAAGAAGCUGCUUAUGAAGAAUCACUGCGUCGUGAUCAACAAAAGGAAUGGGAACGUGCUAAAGCCAAAGCUGAAGAGGAUAGACGCAGACAACUUGAAGAAGAACAACGUAUUCAUAAUGAAUUAAAAGCAACACAGCAUCGUUUAUCUAUGGCAGCAAGUUUACCUCAAGAGCCUCCAGCGCCUAAAACACCUGCAGCUGAUGCCUUUCUCGCUACACCGCAUGGUAGUGCUGGUAUAACAACGCUACGAUUUCGUUUACCACAAGGUUGUACAGUGACAAGUACACAUACUGCUACUACUCCUGCUACCACUGCUACUGCUGUUAAUCAUUUAACUAAUGAUACAAGUGUAAAAAAUGGUACAAUUAUUCGACGAUUUUCUGGUCUAGAUCUAUUAAAGCAUGUAUUUAUUUUUAUGGAAUCUAAAGGUUUUUCAAAAUCUGAUUAUAAAUUAUUAACUACAUAUCCUAGAAGAGAUUUAACAUUACUAGAUGAAAAUAUGACCCUGGCUGACUUACAGCUUGUUCCACAAGAAACGCUUACAUUAGAAUUACGCUAAACCAUAUGUGAAGAAGAUGAACAAAAAGAAAUUGAACAUCACAAACUCUUACUCACUCACACAUACACACACAUAUAUAUAUACAAACUUAAUCAAUAUGCUGUGCUCUGUACAUGUACAUUCUUUAUUAUGUAUGCGUUAGUGUGUGUGUGUGUGUGUGUGCGCGCGCGCGCUAAAAUUAAAAUUAAAGGAGGCGAAACUCAUUUCAUAUAAUAUUCCCUCUCUUUUGUUUUCUUUCAAGUCUCAAUUCUUUCCACACACUUUUUUUUCGUUUCUCUAAAACAAAAUGGCGGAUGUCUCACACGUUUUUUCUGUUUGUCUAUCAAAUUCACUCACACAAUUGUACGAAUAUUUUGUCUGCUGCAGUAGUCUUUAUUAUUUAAUUGAACUAUUUGAUUAUAAUUGAUGGUAAUAGUAAUAACAAUCGAAUAUUUAUAUAUUCAUUGUAUUAUUUCUCCACUUACCUCACUCUCUCUCUUUGCCCUCCUCACUGUUUCUUCGCCCACUUCACUAUCUAUCUUUCCUCUUACCUCUUUGUAUUUCGUGAUUUAUGAAUUAUUGUAAUAUUUCAUUCUUGCACUCUUAAUUUUUCUACUGUAUAUGUCUGUGUUUAUGUGUCUGUCUUACUAACUCUGAAUUGAAUGUGAUGAAAUGAUUGUGGUUGGUUAAUUAGUAGUGUGUGGGUGUGUAUAUGUAUGCACACUGCCUGUCUUUCUAACUGUCUGUUUAUCUAUCGAUCUUGUACUUUUUUCAAAUGUGUGUAUCUCUAUCUAUCUAUCGAUCUUGUUUAUGGCGUUUGUCUUUACAUGUGUGUCUAUCCGUCUAUCUUUUUCAUAUUACUAAUAUUACUUGCCUAUUAUUGUAUCAUCAUUCAAUAUUGAUUAGUCGCGUAAAACAAAGGUCAUUUUGUAUAACGAAAGACAAAAAGAAGAUAAAGGGAAGGGGUCUUCUCCUGUUCAUUCUCCUUUCCACUUUUCAACUCGCCUCUUCUCCUCCUCCUUCUGUGAAUUAGUCUGUGAAUCCAUGAGCGGUAUAUAAUAUGCGUUUGUUUGUCUGUGUAUAUGAUAACUAUAAGCAUAUAAUAAUUGAAACGGAUUGUUGUUAAAAAAAAUACAUUGAGUAAUGAAUACAUUAAACCCCAUUUUGAUUUUCACUUCACUUCUCUUACCUCUUGUCUCCCCAUUUUUCUUUAAAUUCAAGUUUAAAAUCUCUUUAUGCAGCAAAAAAAUAUUAUACAAUUAAAUAUAUAAUAUUCUGUUUUCACUUGUUUUGUUGUUGUAUGUUGUUCUGUUUGUAAAACAGAGUGAUGAGAAGAAGUGUUUCGAUCCGUCUGGCUGGCCUGCAAGCAUUGCUUCCAC